AUGUCGCUGUGUUCGAAGCAGUGUGCACUGAUUGCCGCCAAACAGCGUGAGUUCCAGAAUCGAGGACGACGACAGAUCCACUUGAUUCGCACUUUCAUCAACAGUGUUUAUUUUGAAUUUGAGGAUUUGAAGCGUGCGCUGCAGAGAUCAAAAGAGGAUAUGGAAAUGGCUGAAGAAGAUCUGAAGAAAGGCGAAACUAUGUUUCGAAAGAGAGCCGCUAAGAAGGCCACUGAAAAAUACGAGGCUGAUCUAAAAGCGCUGGAGAAUUUUUUAACGGUGACGUUGCCGGAGCAGAAAACAGAACACUUGAAGGAAAUCGAGGCGAUGAUGUCAGAGAUUCAGUCUUACCAUGAAUGGAUGGCGUCGUAUUGUCGUCCGUUUGCCAACUACAAAGUGCCACGGCCGCCGAAUCUCUAA